GAAGGGGUUUUCUUCCAGUGGGUUGCGGCGUUGGUGGAGACCGGUGAGAGAUGGGAGUUCUUUGAUACUGGUUGCGUCGGCCAUGAGGAGAUUGCGAGAUCAGAGAGGAGUGAGUCUGAUUGUUAUCAUCGGAGAGGCAGUUACAUGGCGGAGACGUGGCAAGCGCAGCCGUGCAGAUAUCGACACGUCGCCUGAGAAGGGUUUCUGGGGCAUUGGCUUGUCUAUGAGAUUCACUUGAUGGACUGGCUCAGCAAGGAGGAGGGUGAUGCCUCUGAGAUGGGAAACUGUAUCUUAUUAAGCAAAGAGGUUUGUAGUUAUUUUCUAACUUUUUCUAAAAAAAUAUGGACCAUGGAGGGUGUGAAUGUUGUCUUGUGGAGUUGAUGUGUGUUGCAGAAGAAGCAUAACGACACAAUGACAAAUAGAAGAGACGGUGUGUGUGGGUCCAAUCUUGUCUCAACUAUGUUUUCUUUUUCUUCUUUUUUUUUUUAAUUUAGUUUGAAAAUAUGGUGCGCCUCUUGAGCACUUCUUUACAUGAUAAUUACAAAAAAAGAAGCAGUCAAAAACACACAAAAGCCGAAAGAGUCGCGGUCAAGUUUUUCUUUUAAGCUGUUUUCCUUUAACUCUUUAUCCUUAACGUCUCUAUUAAUACUCUUCAGGUAUCACAUUGGCCUAUCUUCAAAGUUCAAACUGUUGAGCAUCCCUUGAGUGUGCGAGAUUCUUUAUCGUCUCUCUUUUGUCUUUCUCCCCAUGGGAAUGGGAAGAACAACUUCGAAGCUGAGGAAGGCCGCAAAGAGACUGGUCUUAGCUGCUUGUCGUUCUCUUUCUCUUCUUCCUCUGAGUUCACGGGGAUCUACAGCUGUUAUGAAGCCAGAGAAUGUUUAUCUGCCCCAUCACCAUGAGGUCCAUGAAGAGGCCAUAGAUAAAGCAGACUCCACUCAUGCUACUUCUACGAUCUUGUGCGCUAUUUGUCUUGAACCUCUGAGUCAUUGCGAUGAUAACUCUCCCAGUGAAGCUACAUUCACGGGACAAUGCUCUCACUCCUUCCACUUUUCGUGCAUUGCUUCCAAUGUGCGUCAUGGAAGUGUCACUUGUCCUGUUUGCCGCGCCCAUUGGACCCAUCUCCCUCCUCCUUCCUUUCCCCACCUGUCUGAGCGCCAGCUAGACGACCCUGUUCUUCGUAUUCUUGAUGACUCCAUCGCCACUUCCCGCGUCCAAAGACGCUCGCUCCUCCGCUCUGCUCGCUACGACGAUGAUGAUCCUAUCGCCCCUCCUCAUUCCAACACCAGUUACUCUCGUCUAGACUUCUCUUUAACCCCUCUCACAGUUUCCCCCAACUUAGUCUCUUAUCCAUGCUGCUUCCAGCCUCUCCAAGGUGCAUAUUCUCCAUUACAAAUGUGUAGAAGAUCAGUACUGCCACUGCCAGAAGAUUACCACUGUGUGUGCACUUCCUUGGGGACAAGAAGUGCCUAUCUCUCUGUGAAGCUUAAAGAUCCACAACCCAUUGACUUAGUGUUGGUUGCGAGUCCUAGCGGGCCACAUUCUCGCCUUCUCAAGCAGGCGAUGAUAUUAGUAACAUCCUCUCUUCGACCAGUUGAUCGUUUAGCCAUAGUGACGUAUUCGUGUGUCGCAGCACGUGUGUUUGCUCUGAGACGCAUGACUUCAUGUGGAAAGCGGGCAGCUCUGCGAGUCAUUGACCGUCUCUUCUAUACGGGACAAACUGACCCUUCUCAAGGCAUCCUUAAGGGCAUUAAAGUACUCAAAGAUCGUGCAUACAAGAACCCACAGUGCAGCAUUCUACAUAUCUCAAGUAGCUCAUAUUAUCCCAACAGCGUGAUGCAUAGAGGUGUCAUGGUCCAUGGGUUUCACGUGGGGUUAGGUAGUGAGACUUGGAAUGGUUUUGUGUUGCAUAAGUUGGAAGAGUUUCUUGAAAACGUGCUGGGAGUAUUAGCAAGCGAUAUCCAACUGAGAAUCGGUAUGGAAGGGAAUGUUGUUAAAGUAGGCGAGUUGAGAGGCGGUGAAGAGAGGCAAGUGUUGCUAGAUCUUGGUGGGCAUGUCAGUGUUCGUCUCUGCUAUAGCUAUGUGGAAGGAGACAGUAAUGAGUGUAUCAGGAGAAGAGGGGAGACGACGUUGAGCUUGGUUGACGAUAAGGAAGGGAUAGUAACCGGUGAUUGUGAAUCGGCAGGUGCGAGGGAUGAUGACUAUAUGAACAGCAAUAGUGUGAGGAGAAGCAUUAAUACUGGAGCUUGGGACUAUCAUGAUCCUUUUAUGGCCAGAAGGUGGGCAAAGCGGUUGCAUGAAACUGUAAAUCUCUGAUUAUUUUUUGACUUAUAUGUUUUACUUUUCAAAGUUCCAUUCUACACCAUUUCCUCAGA